AAGCGUCAUUAUUGUUUGACGUUUAUAAUUAUUUUCAAUUUUGCUUUUCAUCGUACGCUAAGCGUACAAUAUUGUGAAUAUCGUUGAUAUUAUCAAGAACACUUCUUAACAAUGUUCAGAAAUCAGUAUGACAGUGACGUCACAGUCUGGAGUCCCCAGGGCCGUAUCCACCAGGUGGAGUAUGCCAUGGAAGCCGUCAAGCUUGGUUCGGCGACGGUAGCGCUGAAGAAUAAGGAGUUUGCAGUGCUAAUAGCUUUAAAACGGGCUGUCAGUGAGUUAUCGGCAUAUCAGAAGAAGAUUAUAACUAUUGAUGAGCAUAUUGGGAUUUCUAUCUCGGGAUUAACUGCUGAUGCUAGAAUGUUGAGCCGCUACAUGCGCACAGAGUGCCUAAACUACCGCUACUCCCACGACUCCCCAAUGCCUGUGGGCCGCCUCAUCGCCAUGGUGGGCAACAAGAUGCAGAUCUGCACGCAGCGGUAUGACAAGCGGCCGCUCGGUGUCGGCCUGCUGGUUGCUGGUUAUGAUGACCAAGGUCCGCACAUCUACCAGACCUGCCCGUCUGCUCUCUACUUCGACUGCCGCGCGAUGGCCAUCGGCGCGCGCUCGCAGUCAGCCAGGACUUACCUCGAGAAGCACCUUAACACCUUCCAGGAUUGCGACCUUCAUGAGCUGGUAGCUCACGGCUUGAGAGCUCUGAGAGACACUCUGCCCAAUGAAGUGGAUCUUAAUACUAAGAACGUCUCCAUCGCGAUCGUCGGCCCCAAGACCCCGCUCCGCAUCAGCGACGAGGCCGAGCUGACGCAGUUCCUGGCGCUCGUGGAGGGGGAGGAGCGGCGCGGGGGCGGGGCGGGGGCGGCUACCGGCGACGCGGGGCCCCUCGAGCCCGAGGGGGAGGGGGGGGACGACAGGGACCGGGAGCCGCAGGUCGCGGUGGCGAUGGACACAGAAUAAGCUCCAGCGAACGGCUGCGGCCGGUUGACAUCCGUGACCCAGUGGACACAGUGACUUACAAGACCUUAAGGACCAUCUCUCCCCCGGUCCCGACCGUAGCCUACCUUCCCCCCGCCCGUUGGACACAGAAAGACCUGCCUUGGCCAGUGUUCGAGGUUGCUUGUUGACUGGUACUUUUGAAUAUUA